AUGACUGUACAUAGCCCGUCCAAAGACAAGGUUCUCACACCAUACAUCAAAGCCUUAGUUCUGAACCCUCCCAAUUUCACUCCCGAUGAUUUGGCAGCUGUUAUAAAACUUAUAUUUUCCGAUCGUGCAUCAGAGAUUCAGGUUGCAGCGUUCUUAACUUCAUUGAGACAACGCGAGUUGGACCACGAAUCUGUUUACAUUGCAGCAGCCGUCAAUACAGUAUUAGAGUUUGCUGAGACGAUUGAGGAUCAUUUAGUUGACGAAGCUGGAUACAUAGAUAUUGUUGGAACAGGGGGGGAUGGCCAAAAUACAUUUAAUGUGUCGACAUCAUCGGCGAUUGUUGCCGCCGGAAUGGGACUCCCUGUUUGUAAACAUGGCGGUAAAGCUAGCACAUCCACGUCUGGCUCUGGUGAUUUGUUGAAAUCUUUGGGUGUUGAUUUAGCCAAGAUCAAUGUUGUGACUCUACCUGAAAUUGUAAAGAAGUCAAAAUUUUGCUUCUUGUUUGCACCAUCAUUUCACCCAGGAAUGGGACUCGUGGCGAAUGUGAGAGCCCAACUUGGAGUGCCUACGAUUUUCAAUAUAUUGGGCCCCUUGAUUAAUCCAAUUCCUAUUCAAUCGAGAAUCUUGGGUGUUUAUAGUGAAAAGUUGGGAGAGAACUACGCUCAAGCUGCAUCAAUACUCGCGAAAAAGAGCCACAUACACAAGCGUACAAUGGUUGUGUUUGGAGAAUGCGUAUUAGAUGAGAUUGCGCCUAUUGGAUAUACAAAGAUUUGGUUGGUAGAAAGAGAUGGCGAAAUUAAACGUGAUCGCAUAUCACCCAAAGACUUUGGACUUUGUGAGCACCCAUUAGAAGCUGUAAGGUCUGGAACUCCUGACGAAAAUGCUGAAAUACUCAACCAUAUAUUGAAGCAAGAUAAAGAGGAGUAUAAAGUUGGUGAUGAAAAUAGCAACGCCUACGUGGAUUACAUCUUGUUAAACACGGCUGCCCUUGCAUACGUGUCAGGUAUUUGUGAUAAUUGGGUAGAUGGGGUAAAAUUAGCAAAAGAAUCAAUAAUCAGUGGAGAAGCACUCAAGGCUUUAAAAGAUUUGAAAAACGCAAUAGACCGUGUAUAG